GAUGUCAAGAUUUCUCCAGCUUUCGGCUUCCGGCCUUCGUCUCUUGGCGAGACUCCACCGUCGUCGCAUUUGAUGCUCUGUACUCGCAGAGCGCACAUAACGACCCAUGUCCUCUUCAGAACUCUCUCGCAGACCCGCCUCGCUGCGUGCUGAAGUGAAGGAUGAACAACCCAACUCAAGAGUGUCGUCUAGUCAACCCUCUACCAUUCACCCCGCCAUCAGACCCAAGUCAAAAAGUCUAUUGGGAUGGCUCAGAGGGAUCGGUUCGGGAAUGUCUAAGGACAUAGCGGCUAGAAUACCGUUCUACCUGAGUGAUUGGACCGACGCUUGGAACUAUCGAGUGAUACCAGCGACUGCUUUGAUUUUCUUUGCCAACGUUCUUCCUGGAAUUGCGUUCUCUUUGGAUCUCAUUGAAACGACCAAUCAAUAUGGAGUGUCCGAAGUUCUGCUGUCCUCAUUCAUGGCGGCCUUCGUGUUUUCUGUCUUUGGUGUACAGCCACUGACCAUUGCGGGAGUGACGGGACCGAUCACUGUGUUCAACAAAACGAUCUUCACGAUCACUCAAGGAGCGAAGGACAGGCCGGACUAUCUGCACUUCGUCGGUUGGGUGUACCUAUGGGCUGCCAUUCUGCACUGGAUCACGGCGGCUCUGAACUUCUGCAACUUCCUAAAAUAUGUGACAUUGUUUCCCUGCGAUACAUUUGGAUUCUACGUCGCUUGGGUGUACCUGCAGUAUGGUGUCCAGGUGCUGACACGACAACUCGACGGGAACCCGCAGAACGCGCCAGGGCCGCUCGUCUCGAUCGUUGUCGCGCUCCUGAUGCUCGUGACAUCAUUUCUCUUCCAGUCGCUGUCGGCCCAGAACCUGUUUCAUCGACACACGCGCCGAUUUCUCGCAGACUACGGCAUGCCCAUAUCCUUGAUCGCAUCCUCCGCCAUGGCGUACUGGGGCCGUUUCAACGCCGCGAAUACAGCCACCCUUCCCGUCGGAGCCGCAUUCCAGCCUGCCGGAGGGAGAGAGUGGCUGGUCAAAUUUUGGGAACUGGAUGGGAAAUGGGUCGGGAUCGCCUUCCCAUUUGGAUUCAUUCUUUGGGUUCUCUUCUUUUUCGAUCACAACGUCUCGUCCUUGAUGGCUCAGGGCGCUGAAUUCCCAUUGCGCAAGCCUCCUGGAUUCCACUGGGACUUUUUCCUCCUGGGGAUCACGACGUUCAUCGCCGGUUUGCUCGGACUCCCGGCACCCAACGGUUUAAUCCCUCAAGCACCGAUUCAUACGACAUCGCUGCUCGUCAUGCAGCACGGUAGGCCCGAAGCAGACAAGGAAGAUCAGAGAUCAGAUAGCUUGGACUUCGUUGAGCGACCGAUAGCCGUUGUGGAGCAGCGUGUCUCCAAUCUCGCUCAGGGGGCACUCUGUCUGGUGCUUCUCACCGGUCCUUUCCUGCAUGUGCUGCAUCUGAUCCCUCGCGGAGUUCUGGCUGGCCUGUUCUGGUUCAUGGGAGCCGAUGCGCUGCGUGGAAAUGGGAUCACGCAGAAGCUUCUCUACUUUCUCCGUGACAAGCACCUGACACCACCGGACGAACCGCUCAGAAAAGUGCGAAAGUCACGAAUCUUGUUAUUUGUUGGUGUCCAGCUUGUCGGAUUCGGCGCUACUUUUGCCAUCACACAAACCAUCGCGGCGAUCGGUUUCCCGGUGGUCAUAAUGCUCCUCAUCCCUCUGCGAGUGUGGAUCGUCCCACGAUUGCCGUUCACAGCCGAAGAGCUGGCCAUCCUUGAUGGUCCAACGGCAUCCCCUUUCACCAUGGAAUCCGUAGGAGGAACACUAUCUUAGACGCUUCUAUUUAUCUGUAAUGCACGGCCGGGCCACUAGAUAUGCUCAUGUCAUGCCGAACUCAUCAUCUAUGAGCCACAAUCAGAUUCAUCACAUGACUUCUUCCAGCCUUUAAGAGUUUGACGUCGACGAAGGUCGUGCGAAGCCUUGGCUCCUGACCCCGAACAUGUCCAACAGCACUCUGGUCGGUGUAUUGAUUCUAGCACGGCAAGUAUUCGCUCCCAUUUCGUCCGGGAUGUGCCUAAUCUCUUUUCAGACACGGCGAUCGUGCAGGAUUCUACCAGGAUCCGACGACCUACACUCCAACUGGGACGGUUAUCACACCUCUGGGCACCCAACAAGAACUGCAAUUGGGAUCGAUCUUGCGCUCGAGAUACCUGAACGCAUCCUCGCCGCUCUUCGUCCGGGGGAUCAACUCGAGCCUGGUCAAUGCGAACCAGAUCCACGUACGGGCUGAUGCGGGCGGUGAGUCGGGCGUCAUAUACGAUUCGGCUGUGGCCAUGCUACAAGGGCUGUUCCCUGCAAACGCCAACUACACGACGAGCCUUUCCAACGGAUCCGUUAUCGAAGGAGCGGAGAGCGGCUACCAGUAUGUCCCCAUCGAAACCGUGGAAACCAACAACGAUGUCUCGCUUGAAGGUUGGACCUCCUGCGGGGCGUUCGACCAGUGGACCAGUGGUUUUUACGCAUCUCCUGCAUUCCAGGCCCAGGCCAACGAGAGCGCGUCCUUCCUGAGUCAGCUUCCGCCCUACCUGGACGGACGGGCAGUCACUCUGGAGAACAUGUGGAAUGUGAGCGCUGAUUCGGCAGCGGAGAUGUUGACUCAUUCAUAAAACAAAACAGAUCUACGACUUCAUGAACGUGCAAUCCAUUCACAAUAAGGCGUUUGCUCAAGCGCUGCCUCCGACGUUCCUCGCCCAGGCUCGGACACUUGCAAACUGGCACGAAUACGGAGUUUUCACAUCUCCCCAGCUCAACGGGAUCGGGAACAGUGAGUUUUCGACUUCGGUCUUCCACGGACAGGACACUGAACCCGAGGGACAGUCGCUGGCCGGACGAUUUUGCCCCAGAUGUUGCAAGAGCUGCAUAGCAUUGCCAAUGCUUCAGACCCGCUCAAGAUUGCCUACCAGGCAAUUGCAUACAAGCCCUUCCUGUCGCUCUUCAAUAUGACAGGCGUGGCGGAACAGAACCCGGAGUUGGCUGGAAUCGGUCAGUCUGCAAAGCAGAGUGAGGACGGCCGGUUGCUGAUAUUUUCCCAGUCAACUACGCGGCGGCGGUGGCGUUAGAAGUUCGCCAGCCUUCGGAUGGAAGCGAGGCUGUCUUGCGGUUCAAUUUCAAGAACGGCACAGGCCAGGACUUUGUCACCUACAACUUUUUGGGCUCCACAACGGACGUUCCGAUCUCCACUUUGGUCCAACACGUCAACGCAACGAUGAUUAACACCACGAUCCAAUGGUGCAAUGCCUGUGGAAACAACGCGAAUCGGGGCUGCGGAGAACUGGCCCUCGCCGCAUCGCAAGCCAGCGCCGUCGCCGUUGCUGGAUUCCACAGCCACCAUGACAGAAUCAGCCCAGUGGGUGCAGGCUUCCUCGGCGCAGGCCUGACUUUGGCCGUCUUUGCCAUCAUGUUUGGUGUUCUUGCGUUCUUGGGUCUCUUGACGUUCGGUCGCAAACGCUCUCAGCGCUCGAACACUCAAUCUGAAAAGAAGGUGUAAGACACGAAUAGUAAGCUGUACAAGUGUAAAUUGUUGUUCACAAUGUACCGGGAUGUUGGCGGAGAGGCCAUCGCCAACUAGCAGAUAGCUGCC